UCCCCGCCGCCUGAGCCGCGCGGAUCUCCUCUGGACCUCCACCGGGAUUUAUCCAUUUCCUCCCCCCGCUCCCUACACACAAACCCCCCCCCCAGUAGCCGCGGCGGCCCCUCCCAUGGUGUCCCCGGGAGUCUCCCCGGCACUCACUCGACUUCAUGGAAGCCUUCUGCCGCCGCUUCGGGCCGUUGAGAAUCAUGGAAACGUGGUUUUGGUCCGCGGCGGUCCUCCUGCUGGCCCUGCCGGGGCCCCUCGGAGCGGGGACCCCCGGUAACAGCACCGGCAGCUCCUCCGCCGGCACCACGGAGGGAUUUUAUGAUUCACCGUCCACGGGCGAGCUCGGAAACUUGGAGAACAAUUCAACUUCUUCCUCCGGCGAGAGUCUGUCUCCAUCCCAGAGGAGCACGCUGCUCUCCGCCUCUGCGGACGCGCGAGCUGCGAACCCGGGCACUCAGUGGACACAAACCUUCACAGAAACAAACCACAGGCCCCUCGAGGAAAUCCGUUCGUCCACUGAGUCUCUCACCUCCAUCCUCGCUACCACCACUGAGACCAGCAGCAGCAGCAGGGGCCGCUGGGAGGACUCCACUAACACAGACCAGAUGCCAGCCGUCUCCCAUGCUGUGUCUUGGGAGGCCAGGUCCUGGAUGUUUACAGGCGAGGCCCGCAUGCUUGGAGACGGCCCGGUCUCCACCCUCAGACUGCAGGACGCCUCGGCUCUGUCGUCGCAGAUGACCGCCCUCACCGACAGCACCUACACCACCACCAUCAGCCGGGCCGGGGAGAGGACCCUGCUGUCCGUCACCUCCUCCUCCAGCAACAGCACCUCCUCUGCCUUCACAGAAGACUCCGAGUCCCAUCAGCCUCCCUCCACCGGGGGUGUCCCGCCAAGGCCCGCAGAGACUGAGGAGUACACCCGCAGCGCCCCGUCCACAAGGACCGACGAAGGGGAAACAACAAACCAAGACAGGACCAGCUCAUUCAGCAGGAUCUUCACAGAGAGUGAGAGUCCAGUCUGGCCCAGAGAAACCCAGAGUCUAACCGAAGGGCCUAACGCCACCCGGCAGCAGCACACAGCGGCGUCAGAGGAGUCUGCUGACUCCACACCGCCUCUCCGGCUGACGGAGCCCAGCACCGACCAGGCUGAGCUCUCCGUUUCCUCCUCCACUCCUCCCUUCACCCCAUCUAUGGGCGGAGCCGUCAACGUCUCAGGGACAGACCAGGGGUCCAUCUCCAGCGUUCAGGCCUCCACGGAGUCCUCCACCGGACCCCACAGCUCCAGCACGCAGGACGGCACCGAGGCGCUGUUUCCCAACGCCAGAGAGGACGACGUGGGCCUGGCUCUGACUGCAGGCCCCUCUACCGUCAGCAGCAGCACCUCGGAAACAGAGGAUGCCGUUACAGAAAGGCCAGCGCUGGUUACUGACGCUUUUCUGUCAACCAGCCCUGUUACUGUUACAGAAAGAUCUCACAUGACUGAGGAAGACACCUUCAAAGCAGCUGUCUUCACCACCACAGCAGCCACCACCACCGGCACCAGCCUUCCUCUGCUUCCAACCUCAUCCUCAGCUUUGAGCUCCACCUCCAGCAGCUCCACUGCCGUAUCUUCAACCGAACCCACCGUCCCAUACGCCGCUCGCUCCACUCCGGGCUCUGUCCCGACAGUGCAGACCUCCACGGCGCCGCCGGCUCUCCCCACGUCACCCAGCCAAACGCAGGGGCCGUCCGCCGGGAUGGCCACGCCCACAAACGCCACCACUCUGCGGGCCGAGACAAGCACGGGAACCAGGAGGCUCACCACCACUCAGAGCCGGUACGUCACGACCACCUCCACCCAGAGCACAACGCGAGUGGCGGACGUGCAGCACACACCCAGGGCGCAGCCUCCUACGGAGCUGACGACAACGCCGUCCACAGACGUCCAACUCCCCAAGCUACCUCCAUCACCCAGGAACCCCUGUGUGUCGAACCCCUGUGUGAACGGAGGGAUGUGUGUGAGCUAUAAACGACAUCAGUUCACAUGUCACUGCCAGCAGGCGUGGACAGGACCCACCUGCAGCCAAGAUGUGGAUGAGUGUGAGCAGGAUCCCUGCCCCAUGGGCUCCAGAUGUGUGAAUACACGAGGAUCCUUCAGCUGUGAAUGUCCGCUGGGUUACGAUCUUGAGGAUGGACGCACGUGCACCAGAGCAAAGACAUUCCUGGGAACUUUCAGCGUGAACAGACUCCCACAUGACCACAGUGUCUUCAAGACCGCCGCCAUGCAUGAGAUCCACAGAGAGAUCGUUCAGCUGCUCAACAUGUCGUUGUCGGUCCUCCGAGGUUACAGCCGCUCAACACUGAGCAACAAAGAGGAGAACGGAGUUCAUAUCUUGGCAGUCAACAUGUUUACCAUCUCCACCGAUGUGACGACCGCUGAGGUCUUCAACAGCAUCCAGAUGUCUCUGGGAAACUGCAGCUCCUCUCUGACCCACUGCCGGAUGGUGCUGCACCACCAGCUCACCUACCACAUGGAGAGUCUCUGCGUGGCUCAGAAGACUCAGUGUGACACCGAGCGCUCCGCCUGCAGUGACAGCAGUGGCACGGCAUACUGCCAGUGUCUUCCAGGAUACUACAAGCACAAUCCCGACGAUUUGUCUUGCUUAGAAUGUGGAGAUGGUUACAAGCUGCAAAAUGGCACAUGUGUCCCAUGCACGUUUGGAUUUGGAGGCUUCAACUGUGGAAACUUUUACAAGCUGAUAGCAGUGGUGGUGUCGCCUGCAGGCGGCGGCCUGCUCCUCAUCCUCAUCAUCGCUCUCAUCGUCACAUGCUGCAAGCGAGACAAAAAUGACAUUAAUAAGAUCAUCUUCAAGAGUGGAGAUCUGCAGAUGUCCCCGUAUGCAGACUUCCCGAAAAGUAACCGGAUUUCUAUGGAGUGGGGACGGGAGACCAUCGAGAUGCAGGAAAACGGCAGCACAAAAAACCUGCUCCAGAUGACAGAUAUUUACUACUCACCCGCUUUACGAAACGCCGACCUGGAGAGAAACGGCCUGUACCCGUUCACAGGCCUGCCGGGCUCUCGCCACUCGUGCAUCUACCCCGCCCAGUGGAACCCGUCUUUCAUCAGCGACGAUUCCAGGAGGCGAGACUACUUCUGAGAGCCUCAUCUUACACACACACAUACACACAUGGCCAGUUGUGUUCAGAGCUGUUGGUGCGUUUGUGUGUGUGGCCACAUCGUAUGGAAGUACGUUUUUUUUUUUGCAAGUAAAAUAUGUUCCCAUGUUGCCAUUUCAGAGUUUUUUGCAUGUUUGAGCUCAUUUACUUCCACUCAUGUGUGCUUUACAGUGCUGCUGUCACGCCGGCGUGUUUUUUCCAGCUACUGAUUCUCAUUUGCUUCGGCCUAUGCGUUGGAAAUCCGUCACAUACUCCGUCAUAUCUCUCUCCCGCGUUGUCAGAUUUACGUUCUGACAGACUGGUAACGCGGUGCGGAUUUGUUUGGAAAGAUUUGCACGGCUUUAAUGCACAGCGGCGUUCUCAUCAUGCUCAUGAGCGAUAUGGAAAAACACAACACACUGCACUGAAACAGGAUGUGCAGCGACAUGGAAACACACUGAUGCUGUAGUUCACUGGGUGUUGAAAUUAGACGAGUGUGUAUAUGUGUGUGUGUUUGCCAAUGCUGUGAUUUGGAAAUAUUCAGUUUCUUCUAUACUCAGAUUAAAGAAGUGAUGAAACAUUAAUGUAAAAAAAAAACAAAACAUAUACACACACUGAAGGAUGCACAACAGAAACUGAGGAAUGACUUUCUUAUUUCAACUUUAUUUAUUCAAAGUAUGUCUGCCUUGGUGUCAUGUAGCGUCUCACACAUACACACUGAUCGACUUUUUACGAUAAACCUGUGGCUUUAAGUGUGUGUGCACCUCAGUUUGUGUGAGGCACUAAGUGUAUUUUGUAAGUAUUUUCAUUUGUGGAGUGUGAGUGCUUGUGUGAAGGAUGAGCAUUUGUAUACCAGGAACUGUUGAUGAAUAUUUGAAUGUAAAGAUGUAUUAUAAUUAGCUAUUUCUGUCAUGGACUGAUAUUUUUUUUGUGUGUUUUAUUCUUAUUCUCUAUUUUAAUGGUCUGAUUCUGGCGUUUUAGUCAGAUGUGUUUAUUUAAAUAAAAGUAUUGCACAGUA